AUGGACCAUGACACGCUUAACACGGCGUCGACAUACCUGAACAAUCUCCUGUUGGCUCGAGGUCUGCUCCGAGACAGCAAGUCUCUCGACUUCGCCAAACCGACUCGAGAAACACGAGCUCAGAUUAUCAACCUUGUCCACGAUCUCCUCUUGCGCCGCGACCGGGACCAGGAGAACCGCGAGCAGAUUGCCUUGACUCUUCGCACUCUCCGAAUUGACCAGACUCGCAAAGAUGGCGACCUCGAACGACUACAAACUCGACUCGAUGUCCAAGAGCGCUCCCUGCAGCAAGCACAAACAGAAGCCAGGAACGCCAAGAUCGAAAUGCGCAAACUCGAGUCGACUUCCAAAGCACUGAACGACCAACUUGGACGAUUGAAGGCGUCCGUCUCGCAGAUCAAAACACAAUGUGCCAACGAUGUACGGAAACGCGACAUGCACAUCGAGCGCCUCAAAUCACAUCUCCAAGGCCAACAGAGGGGCAACAAAGGCGGUCUUGUUGCUCCCACAAUCUCUGUCGGCGGCAGAGGUCCACACUCGUUCAACGCCUCAGUACGAGACAUCUCGGAUCCCGAAUACAACCUGAAGCAAGAGACGACCGACUUCCUUACACAACUAAGCUCUGGUCUGAGCGACGAGAACGACGCUCUAAUCGAGAUGAUCCGUGGAACAUUGGCCACGUUGAGAGAACUACUCGGAGUACCAGAGCAGAACUUGGACAGCACUAUUGACGGCAUCGAAAACGAAGAUGGCUUUGCACAUGGGUCUCUCGCUGAAGAGCUUGAAUCAAUGCUCAAUAUGCUCAAGACUGUCUUGACAAACCCCAACUUCGUCUCUAUGGAUGAGGUCGAAGCAAGAGAUGACGAGAUAGCACGACUGAGAGAAGGCUGGGACCAGAUGGAGGCAAGGUGGAGAGAUCUGCUCUUCAUGAUGAACGGCUGGUGCACAAGGCUGGAGAAGAGCGGCGACACAAUCAAUCUCGACGAACUUAAGAAGGGUCUCGGUUUGGGUGUCGGUCUCGAGGCCCCUCCGACUGCUCAGAAGCUCCGCGCCAGUCAACAUGCUCGCUCCAACAGUGACCAUGAUAGCGGCAUCCACACCCUAAGUCCGACUCCUUCAGAAAGCCACGCCGCUCCACCAAGUACUGCAAAAUCGCAGAGAAGCAUAGACCCACCAGAGUUCUUCAACCUCAAUCCUCGAGGACAGCGUACUACGCUCAAUAAAACGAGCCACAAUAUCCAAUCACCGCGGGAGGAUGAAGAGUGUCGGGAAGAAGGUAAUUCUCGAUUGUCGGUCGAGGAAAAGCUGCGCCUUGCACAAGCUGAAGCUGAGGCUGCAGGUGGAGCACCAACCAAGGGUCCAGAUGAGGACUCGCAAUUUGACAUCGACCUCGAUGAGGAGAUGAGCAAGCUUCGGAGUCCCGCGAAGAAGACCAAGAUUCAAGGCAGGCCGAAGCGCAGGAAGAGUACGCUUAGUCCGGAAGAAUUGGAGGAUCUUCUGGGACUCGAGUAA